CUUUUUGGUCAUCCCUGGUAACCACGCCUUCUUCCCUGGGACUCCGCCUGCCCGUAUAUAAGGGGUGGGGCGACCGGCCAGGGAGCAAGAGGAGUUAUAAGAACGGCAUCUGUGCUAAGCGAGUCUGGAGACUGGGUCGGCGGCACCAUGGCAGACCAGUCUUUUGUGACACUGGCCACAAAUGAUUCCUACGUGAAAGGAGCACUUGUGUUGGGGUCAUCGCUACGAAACCACAGGACAACGAAAAAGUUAACCGUGCUUAUCACUCCCCAUGUCUCAGAUCCUAUGAGGAAAGUACUGGAAAAAGUCUUUGAUGAAGUAAAACCAGUGAACGUCUUGGACAGUGGAGAUUCAGCCCAUCUUGCAUUAUUGAAAAGGCCUGAGCUUGGUGUUACAUUGACGAAGCUCCAUUGCUGGGAACUCACACAGUAUUCAAAGUGUGUGUUCAUGGAUGCAGACACAAUGGUUAUGUCGAAUAUUGAUGAGCUUUUUGAAAGAGAAGAGCUUUCUGCAGCUCCAGAUCCGGGCUGGCCUGACUGUUUCAAUUCUGGAGUCUUUGUGUAUCGGCCUUCCAUUGAAACCUUCAAUCAACUACUACAGCUUGCCUCAGAAAAAGGCAGCUUUGAUGGUAUUGUGGUGCAGCACUCUCCUGAAAGUGGGGACCAGGGCUUAUUAAACACCUUUUUCAGCAAUUGGGCAACUACAGACAUUAGCAAGCACCUGCCAUUUAUUUAUAACCUAAGCAGUAUUUCCAUCUACUCCUACCUCCCAGCAUUCAAAGCGUUUGGGACAAAUGCUAAAGUGGUGCACUUCCUGGGCAGAAUGAAACCAUGGAACUACACGUAUGACUCCAAAGCAAAGAGUGUCAAAGAAGAUGCUCAGGAUGCCACGAUGAUACAUCCGGAGUUCCUCAAUAUGUGGUGGGAUACCUUUGUGACAAACAUCUUGCCCUUAUUACAGCAGCAUGGUGCCAUUAAAGAUGCAGCUACUGGUGUAAAGGCGCUAUCGGGCUUGGUCUAUACACUGGCUUUCUCUUGUGGCUUCUGUAGAGAGGAGGAGGUAGCGGAGGCAGUGUCCCACAUGUCGCUCUCCUCUGCCGCCCUGCCGCCCUCACCGCCUUCUAUAUCCUCUGAAGAACGCAAAGAGAAAUGGGAGCAGGGCCAGGCGGACUACAUGGGAGCAGACAGCUUUGACAACAUAAAGAAGAAACUCGACACCUACCUCCAGUAGGAGCACUUGUAUCUGCUCUGCAGCGACAUCAGCAAUACAAGGACUUGUUUCAAAGCUAUAUCAACUAGGAAGGUCAGAUAGGGUCAGUGAAACUUCCUCUCAGCUUAGCCACUGCUCAGCAGAAGGUUGCUGGCAGUGCUGCAGGUAAGAACUGAGCAAAGGUGUUUUUAAGGAUGAAUCCAUGUUCCAGUCAUGUGUCCAGCAGCCAGUCCUCUUCCUGUUGCACAAAACUUAAUGAUGAACAUGCCUGUAAAGAACUCACUGGGAACAGGGCACUUGACUGGCUUGAAACCUCCUCCUUAUACCUAUAGGACUGUGCUUUACCUCUUCUUCCCUUCACCCCAGACCAUUUGUUGCUUGCUAUGUUAAAAUGAUAGAGGUUAAGGCAGCUACAGUGAAGGGGGCCUUACAGUAAAGACAUGAAAUAUGCAACAUAACUGUAACGACACUGCUUUUUUUACUCUGCCAAUUCCAGCCAUACGGAAGAUCUGACCAGACUUCUAUGCACAGUAUCCACAGCAUGGCAAAAUGCUUUUGUUAAGUUCUGUGUACUUCUGGGACUAGGAAGAAAAUCCUUGGAACUGUUACCUGUAUUGGCACUCAGAAUAAAACAAAUAAAGAAUCAUAGUAAACACACAGCA